CGGAAGGUCACUAUCAACAUCCUCAUCUAUAUUCCGGAUCUUCGCCCACGGCCACCAUCUCGGAAAUCAGAAUUUCGGCGGGAGCUCCUACGGGAUUCCAGGAAGGCAUAUAUAGAGUCUUUUGACAGUCAAGCAAUUAACCUUCUCAUCAAGAGUACCGUCGUUAUGGGUGACCGUUACUUCUCCUUACUUGGCGACCAACUACCGAAGUUUCUCACUACAAAGUCCGCGAUCGUGAUACUUAUUGUUGUGGUCGUAUCAUUCGCUUUGAAAUUGAAAAAAUGGAAGCCUCGUUCUUCAAUGGUAGAUUCUUCGAAAGCGAACUCCAAAGCCUCAGAUGUUAAGGAGGAACGUGUCCCUGGAGAAUGGGCACCAAAAAUCUUCCAAUAUCCACCUGUUCCACCGUGUCCUCUUGAUCUGCCUGACAUCAAACCGAUUCCUUAUAGGCCGUUCAGAUGGGGCCAAUAUCACGUCACAAUGGGCACACGCAGCAUGCCUUGGGAGGAUUGGAUUGAGAUCGAUAACACAUACGCUAGAUAUCAGCGCAUCAGAGAGCACCGAAUAAACACCAAAGGCGACGAUGUUCUACGCCUUCUUCCUGCGAAUCCUGGGGUGAAGUCUGGGUACGAUGCGGCAAUUGAACUAGUUCACGAACUCGCCGAGUACCUGCAUAAAAGAUAUCCAACUGCAUUCCUUGUUACACGGACGAACGAAUCCCCCAAGAGCCCCAUUAAAACUAUCUGCGUCGUUACGACGGACACGAGUUAUGACCUCCCGCCUCCCCUGCUGAUAAACGGCAAGGAGGGCCCGUUACUUAUUAGUAGCAUAGGGAAGGAUGAAGCCGAGAAGGCCAUGAAAAUCGCUGCUUUGUUGGUACAAGACGAUCUAGCCAUCAUGGUAGAAGGCUCUGACGACCGAUAUUACUUCCAAGGAGGGGCAAUUUGUGUUGCAGGGAAUUGGCGGUUGCAAGACAAGAUAGGCCUUGCGAUGGAAGACAUACAUGUCACUGUUCCUCAAUAUCGCGAAAAACUGCACGUCAGUCUCACACGAUUUUUCCGUCGUCUUCCUGUCGACAAGCCAGUUAUUCGUAACAAUUAUUCCAUCCAAAUUGUGCCGCCCACAUAUAACGGAGACGACCUCGUAGAUCCGGAGGAGCUGGCUUGGUCAUCAGUUUUAAACGGACCAGAGACAGAAUUUGAACAUAGGCAUGGCAAACAGACUCAGCUUCCACUAGUGACGCCCGAGACCUUGAGAUUAAGAACAGAGAGACAGACUCUUCGAAGGCUGCCGCUGUCUGGCGCAAUAAUCUUCGGUAUUCGGACCUACGUCAUCCCGAUAGAGAUGUUGGCCAAAGAGCCUGCCGUCCCUGGAAGAAUAGCCAGCGCUGUGAGGGGGUGGCCUGAGAGCGUAAGGGCAUACAAAGCUGGAGCGAUAUACGAGGACAUUCUGCUGGAAUACUUGGACAAAUGUGCGCAGGAGCAGGAAGAGGGGGGGGUAGUAGAAGAUCCAGCGAGGAAAUAUCCAUUCUAACGAUUGUUAGGAUUUGCAGAAGAAAAAUGUACAAUUUGGCGAUUGGACCAGAGCUGUGGCCACCUUGAUGAUGCUU